UGCAGAGUAAGGAGGGCUCAGCAGAUUCACAUGUGGGACUGAAUCAUUGAAUUUCUUUAUCUCCAGAAGAUUCAUUAUCUCACGGGAAUCAUGAUAAUGCUGAAACUCUGGAAUCUCCUUCUUGCCUAUGCGCUGAUCAGUUGUCAGAUGCACGUCUCACAGGCAGCGCCGUCCAGAACUAGUAAGGAGUCGAUGUCGGAUGGAGUCACACUUUCAAAUGAAGAUGCACAAGGGUUACUCAGAGCCAUCAAGGAGUUCAUGCAGAUAACGUCAGAGGAGCAAGACCACCAAACAGCUGAUGCAAAGAGCAAUGCGACAGCACAGAAGCGGGCAUGCAACACAGCCACCUGUGUGACCCACCGCUUGGCUGACUUCCUGAGUCGGUCGGGAGGAAUCGGACGCAGCAACUAUGUCUCCACCGACGUGGGAGCCCAGGCGUUUGGCAGGCGGAAGCGGCGCGGCCCUGUGUGAGCACAUGAGCAGAUGUGUGUGCCUCCUUUGAGUGACCAAACUACAUCAUCAUCUACCUUCAAACACUGGGAAACAUCAACAAACUUCUUCACAAACAUCGAUGGACCUACAGUUUUUAGAAACCUGUCCGUAUUCAUUCUUUGUCUGUGCUUGAAAUCGGAUAAAUAACAAUAGCACUGAUGUAAUCGUUAUCGAUGCAAGAAAACUGAACAAAAGUACCUUAAAGGAAUGGCAGUAUGUUUUUCUCUGUUUUUGCUUGGAUCAUAUUAUCCUGACAUGUAUCUGUAUAACUGUACUGCAAACUCGAAGUCUGCACUUUCAAAAAGAAAACUUCAACAACUACGGCUUUCUUGUGCCUUCAUGUAAUACUUCCUUAGAGUUCCUUAUAGUGCAAAAUGCAAGUGUGAAAAAUGUAUUAAUCUAUAUAUUAAACUGAUCGUUUAUUGAAAGCAGGAAUAAAUUGUAUUUUAGCUACAUUAUGUUUUCAUGUCUUCCUGUGUUUUUGUUUAAAUGGGGGAUAUAAGCUGUAAACCAUGCAUACUUCACUUGGAAAGGUUCAUGUGUUAUGUCUGACAAGCGAGGGCAUCCAAUCAUGCAGUUUAUCAUCAACAGAGAGGACACGUUGUAUUCAUUAGACAC